UCGGUGAAAGACGAGCAGCAGCGUAAUCAAGGCGACCGUCGGAGCUACGGCCUACGAUACUACGUUGUCAGCGACACCGGAGCCUACGGCGACUGCACCAGCGGCGACCGCGACCUGCCCAACGCCAUUGACCCAGUAACGAGUGACGACUUGCCGACUCACCCAAAACACGAUGAGCUACAGAAGAGCCGUGACAACAUUAUUGACACUCGUACUGAUAAAAAGUGCCAACCUCAGAGUAAAAGGAACAGAGACAAAGGCACCGUAUGAGAUCAUCAAAUUCACACAUACUCCUGGAGUGUAUUAUGACCUUCAAGGACAAUUACACCAAGUUGUCUCUACAUGGAAGGUAGUAAUCAGAAUAGACAUACAGGGAAUAGACAUUCGAGGUAACCAGAUACAAAAAUAUCUUAGAAACACACAAGAGGUAUGUAACCAACAAAAAGAACCGAGCAUUACGUGGGAACUGUGUGAAAAUUCACAAAAAAUUGUAAAAAAGGGGUUAGACCGCGUACAAAAUAUAACGGAACGAUUGCACAAUAUAUAUAAAAAUCCAAGAGAAAUAAAACGAGGAUUAGUAGAUGGAAUAGGAUCCUUAACAAAAUCACUAUUUGGAAUAAUGGAUGCGAAUGAUGAAAAAAUAAUAAACGAACAAUUAAGCUUAAUAGAAAACAAACAAGAGACGUUACAACAUGCAAUAGCAAACCAACUCAAAAUUAUUAAUACAACUAUCAAUCAUUUAGAUAAUUUAGAACAAACUUUGGAAACAAAUGAGCAAAUAUUAUGGAACACUAUUACACAGCUCUAUACAGAGGAAACAGGAAUCAUAUUACGCCAACAUAUAGAUGAACAUUUUACAAUACUUACUGCUUUACUUAAUGAUUUAAUACGUGACCAGAACGAUAUAGUAAAUUAUUUAGAUAACAUACAGCUAGGAAACUUACCUAUCAACCUAACACCCAUAAAUAGCAUCGUGUCUCAAUUACAAGAGGUAGCAAUACACUUACCAAAAGGAACAAGAUUUCCAUUCACGCCUAAAACAGAAAAUUGGUUGGAAAUAAAGAAAUUUCUCACAAUUAGUGCGUAUUACAAAAAUAAAAAUAUCUUUACUAUUUUAUACUUACCUCUUAUAACAUAUAAUACGUACGAAAUAGUACACAUACAUCCUUUCCCGGUUUACAGCCAUGAUAACAUUUUCGCUUUAACUAGCAUUGCAUACACACAAGUAGCUAUUAACCAGGAAACAAACACAUAUUUACUAUUACAAGAAAACGAAUUAACACAUUGUAUAAAAAUUAAUAAUCAAUAUAUUUGUCCGCAACAAAAUGCGAUAUAUAGAAUUAACGAAGAAACACCUUGUGAAAUCCAGAUGUAUACGACAUUACAAAAUAUGAAAAACUGCCAUUUAAAAUACAUUAUAGCUAACCAUACCUUCGUAAUAGCAUUAACGCGAAAGAAUACAUGGUUAUAUUCCACCAAUAGUGAGCAAACCAUCCAUAUUCAAUGCAAAGAAAAAACAUUUUAUGAGAAAAUAAGCAAAACAGGAAUUAUACACAUUAAGGAUCAAUGUAAAGUAAUAAUUGAAGACAAGAUUUUACAAGCACAAGGUAUAAUAAGGAGCACAUUAAUACAAACGCACAUACCUGAAUAUAAUAUAACAUUAGAACAAAAAAAUUUAAACGUGAUAAAAAACAAAAACGAAAUCCUACACGUAAAACCAAAUAAAAUAAUACACAACCCAUCAGAGUUGGUAGAAUUAAGUAACAGAAUAACACAAACAUAUAGAAAUUUAGAAAACAACUCAAACUCGUUUCUACAUUAUAAAAAUAUUAUGUACACAACAGCACCGAGCGGAGUAACUAUAGUCAUAGUGAUUAUAAUUGCGAUAAUUGUAAUAAAGAAAAUUAAAAAUGGAAAAAACUCACCAAUCGUAAUAGAACGUAGCAAUAAACGAAAUAUCAGAACACAACCUAAACCAAUAUUAAAACGUAGACAUAGCCUACAUGUACAGUUGUAAGUAAGAAAAACGAUUAUAACUAUUAUUGUAACGGAAAAACAAAAAAUGAUAAAAAUUGUAAAGCGUUAUAAUUUAAGGCGAAAACGUCGUUCCAGACCUUCCGUUUUCUUGCUCCAUGGGGGGAGGAAUGUUAUAAUCGUUAGUAUUAUUCUUAGCGUUGCCGAAACGUUUCGUAAGAAACCGCUUCGACAGCGCUACAACACUAUUAUGAUUGCGCAAGUGCUACGCUAAGCGUCGCCUUGAAAAUAUAUCGCAACAUAUUGGGGACAGGUCAGCAGUAAAUGUAACAACUUUACAGUUGUCCAAACACCCCCGUCUACGACCUAAUUAUAGAUUAUAAAAAGACCAGAGA